UUGGCGUGGUGCUUGCGGCGGGACGCUCGAGGCUCCGGCUCCAAGACACCCACCUGAGAGGAAGGAUGGCCAGUGCCUUCUCUAAGUUGCUGACUGGCCGCAAUGCCUCUCUACUAUUUGCCACCUUGGGCACCAGUGCCCUGACCACUGGGUAUGUCCUGAACCGGCAGAAAGUAUGUGCUGAAAGCCAGGGGCAGCACAAGAUGUUCCCUGCAAGUGCAGACUACCCGGAUCUGCGCAAGCACAACAACUGCAUGGCAGAGUGCCUCACCCCGUCCAUCUACGCCAAGCUACGUAACAAGGCAACACCCAAUGGCUACACGCUGGACCAGUGUAUCCAGACUGGAGUGGACAACCCCGGCCACCCCUUCAUAAAGACUGUAGGCAUGGUGGCUGGUGACGAGGAGUCCUAUGAGGUAUUUGCUGAGCUUUUUGACCCCGUCAUCAAGCUCAGGCACAAUGGCUAUGACCCCAAGGUGAUGAAGCACCCCACGGAUCUGGAUGCUUCCAAGAUCACCCAUGGGCUGUUUGAUGAGCGCUAUGUGCUGUCAUCUCGGGUGCGCACGGGCCGCAGCAUCCGCGGGUUGAGCCUGCCACCGGCCUGCACCCGGGCUGAGCGAAGGGAGGUGGAGAAUGUGGCCAUCACAGCCCUGGAGGGCCUCAAGGGAGAUCUGGCUGGCCGCUACUACAAGCUGUCGGAGAUGACGGAGCAGGAUCAACAGAGGCUUAUCGAUGACCACUUUCUGUUUGAUAAGCCAGUAUCCCCUUUACUAACAUGUGCUGGAAUGGCCCGUGACUGGCCAGAUGCCAGGGGAAUCUGGCAUAAUUAUGACAAGACAUUUCUCAUCUGGAUAAAUGAAGAAGACCACACCAGGGUAAUCUCUAUGGAAAAGGGAGGCAAUAUGAAAAGAGUGUUUGAGCGAUUCUGUCGUGGACUGAAAGAAGUAGAACGGUUAAUCCAAGAGCGAGGUUGGGAGUUCAUGUGGAAUGAGCGCCUAGGAUAUAUUCUCACUUGUCCUUCAAACCUUGGCACAGGAUUACGGGCUGGUGUCCACGUUAAGAUCCCAAAGCUCAGCAAGGAUCCACGCUUUUCUAAGAUCCUGGAGAACUUAAGACUCCAAAAGCGUGGCACAGGUGGUGUGGACACCGCAGCAGUGGCUGACAUCUACGAUAUUUCAAACAUAGAUCGGAUCGGUCGAUCAGAGGUUGAGCUUGUUCAGAUAGUCAUCGAUGGAGUCAAUUACCUGGUGGAUUGUGAAAAGAAGUUGGAGAGAGGUCAAGAUAUUAAGGUGCCACCGCCUCUUCCUCAGUUUGGCAAGAAGUAAACUUUCCCUUUCUCAAUUUAAAAUAAUAUGUCUGCUGGUAUGACAGACAUAAAUAAAACUUUACUCUGAGAGUUUUUGUAGACUUGAAGAAUAGAAGUAAAAUUGUAGAUCCUAUCUAUCUUAACAAUAAAACUCUCCUUAAUA